GGAAGUAGCAAAUAACUUUACAGCUGGCUAGCGAUCUAUACAGUGGAUGUGUUCAAAUCAUUUUUGGAUUGACCCCCCAAAAAUAACGUUCUCGUUAGCUAGCCUGCGUCAUUGGAUCAGCCAUGGGAAAGGGUGGUGGUACAUUUGAGAGGCUUCUUGAUAAAGCAACCAGUCAGCUGCUGCUGGAGACAGACUGGGAGUCCAUCCUGCAGAUCUGUGAUCUCAUUCGUCAAGGAGACACACAGGCGAAGUAUGCCAUCGGAGCCAUUAAGAAGAAGCUGAUGGAUAAGAACCCGCAUGUGGCCCUUUAUGGUCUUGAGGUGUUGGAGUCAGUAGUGAAGAACUGUGGUCAGACGGUCCAUGAUGAGGUGGCCUGUAAAACCACCAUGGAGGAGCUGAAGGAUCUACUGAAGACAGCUCUCAUAGGGCCAGUUAUGUUUGUGCUGAGCCAAGAGAAUGAAGGGACAGGAACAGUUGUGUUUGUGCUGAGCCAAGAGAAUGAAGGGACAGGAACAGUUAUGUUUGUGGUGAGCCAAGAGGAUGAAGGGACAGGAACAGUUGUGUUUGUGCUGAGCCAAGAGAAUGAAGGGACAGGAACAGUUGUGUUUGUGCUGAGCCAAGAGAAUGAAGGGACAGGAACAGUUGUGUUUGUGCUGAGCCAAGAGAAUGAAGGGACAGGAACAGUUAUGUUUGUGCUGAGCCAAGAGGAUGAAGGGACAGGAACAGUUGUGUUUGUGGUGAGCCAAGAGGAUGAAGGGACAGGAACAGUUAUGUUUGUGGUGAGCCAAGAGGAUGAAGGGACAGGAACAGUUAUGUUUGUGGUGAGCCAAGAGGAUGAAGGGACAGGAACAGUUAUGUUUGUGGUGAGCCAAGAGGAUGAAGGGACAGGAACAGUUAUGUUUGUGCUGAGCCAAGAGGAUGAAGGGACAGGAACAGUUAUGUUUGUGCUGAGCCAAGAGAAUGAAGGGACAGGAACAGUUAUGUUUGUGGUGAGCCAAGAGGAUGAAGGGACAGGAACAGUUAUGUUUGUGCUGAGCCAAGAGGAUGAAGGGACAGGAACAGUUAUGUUUGUGCUGAGCCAAGAGAAUGAAGGGACAGGAACAGUUAUGUUUGUGGUGAGCCAAGAGAAUGAAGGGACAGGAACAGUUAUGUUUGUGCUGAGCCAAGAGGAUGAAGGGACAGGAACAGUUAUGUUUGUGCUGAGCCAAGAGAAUGAAGGGACAGGAACAGUUAUGUUUGUGGUGAGCCAAGAGGAUGAAGGGACAGGAACAGUUAUGUUUGUGCUGAGCCAAGAGAAUGAAGGGACAGGAACAGUUAUGUUUGUGGUGAGCCAAGAGGAUGAAGGGACAGGAACAGUUAUGUUUGUGCUGAGCCAAGAGGAUGAAGGGACAGGAACAGUUAUGUUUGUGCUGAGCCAAGAGGAUGAAGGGACAGGAACAGUUAUGUUUGUGGUGAGCCAAGAGGAUGAAGGGACAGGAACAGUUAUGUUUGUGGUGAGCCAAGAGAAUGAAGGGACAGGAACAGUUAUGUUUGUGCUGAGCCAAGAGGAUGAAGGGACAGGAACAGUUAUGUUUGUGGUGAGCCAAGAGAAUGAAGGGACAGGAACAGUUAUGUUUGUGCUGAGCCAAGAGGAUGAAGGGACAGGAACAGUUAUGUUUGUGGUGAGCCAAGAGGAUGAAGGGACAGGAACAGUUGUGUUUGUGCUGAGCCAAGAGGAUGAAGGGACAGGAACAGUUAUGUUUGUGAGCCUGUGGUCGGAUCUGUCUGUCUGUCUGACAUUCUCUCCCUCCUGUUGCAGCACCACUGUAGAGCCUGUGGUCAGAUCUGUCUGUCUGUCUGACAUCCUCUCCCUCCUGUUGCAGCACCACUGUAGAGCCUGUGGUCAGAUCUGUCUGUCUGACAUUCUCUCCCUCCUGUUGCAGCACCACUGUAGAGCCUGUGGUCAGAUCUGUCUGUCUGACAUUCUCUCCCUCCUGUUGCAGCACCACUGUAGAGCCUGUGGUCAGAUCUUCUGUGGGAAGUGUUCCUCCAAGUACUCCACCAUCCCCAAGUUUGGCAUCGAGAAGGAAGUGCGUGUGUGUGAGCCCUGCCACGAGCUGCUCAACAAGAAAGCUGAAGGGGGUAAACCGGUCGGGACAUCCACGUCCGUGGCCCCAGGCCCGGCAGAGCUGCCCCCAGAGUACCUGACCAGCCCCCUGUCCCAGCAGUCUCAGGUGCCCCCCAAACGGGACGAGGCGGCCCUGCAGGAGGAGGAGGAGCUUCAGCUGGCCAUCGCCCUAUCACAGAGCGAGGCUGAGGAGAAGGAGAGGAUGAGACAGAAGAACUCGUACGGGGUCUACCCCAAAGCUGACCCCGCCCCAGUCACCUCCUCAGCCCCGCCCGUCAACUCACUCUACUCCUCUCCUGUGAACUCCUCUGCUCCCUCAGCUGAAGAUGUCGACCCUGAGCUGGCUCGCUACCUGAACAGAACGUACUGGGAGAAGAAACAGGAAGAGGCACGCAAGAGUCCCACCCCGUCUGCCCCUGCCCCCGUACCAUUGGCUACUGAGCCUCUGCCAAUCAGCCAGCCCCAGCCAGUGGAAACUGUCGCACCACUCCCAGCACAAGUCGUCAUGGCCCCGCCUCCAGUCAACAUAGUGGAGCAGUAUCAGAACGGUGAGUCGGAGGAGAACCACGAUGCGUUCCUGAAGGCUCUGCAGAACGCGGUCACCACCUUCCUGAACCGUAUGAAGAGUAACCACAUGCGUGGUCGCAGCAUCACCAACGACAGCGCUGUGCUCUCCCUCUUCCAGUCCAUCAACACCAUGCACCCCCAGCUACUGGACAUCCUCAAUCAGCUGGACGAGAAGAGACUGUACUACGAGGGUCUGCAGGACAAGCUGGCCCAGGUGCGUGACGCGAGGCAGUUUAACCACUGUCUAACUAAACGCUCUGAACGCCCUAGGGCUGUCGAGACCACUAACUAAACAGCAGUCAGAGAGAAGCUGCGUCGUGCUGCCGAGGAGGCGGAGAGACAGAGACAGAUCCAGUUGGCCCAGAAACUAGAGAUCAUGAGACAGAAGAAACAGGAGUACCUAGAGAUGCAGCGUCAGCUGGCCAUCCAGCGGCUCCAGGAGCAGGAGAAGGAGAGACAGAUGAGGUUAGUGGAGGAACAGCAUCUAGUAAAGAUGAGGUCGAGCACACUAUACUAUACCAUUCCCUACCCACAGAUGCAGUCUUUGCCCCCCAACGUGGCAGGAGGGGUGGUGUACGGGCAGCCGGGGGGACCCCCCAGUUACCCAGGCACCUUUAGCCCCUCAGGGUCAGUGGAGGGGUCGCCCAUGCACAACGUCUACAUGAACCAGUCUGGACCAGGACAGUACCAGGCCAUGCCUCCAGACCCCAACAUGUACAUGUACCAGCCUGCAGGAACCAAUGGGCAGCCUGCACCCCCUGGCCAGGCCCCGCCCACUACUAGCCCCGCCUACUCUAACUACCAGCCCACACCCACACAGGGAUACCAGAACGUGGUGUCCCAGGCCCAGUCUCUGCCCCCCAUGUCCCAGCCUCCCCCCACUAACGGUAUGUCCUACGUGGCCUACCCUCCACCCUACGCCAUGCAGAGUAUGAUGGCAGCCCUACCUGGGCAGGACCCCAACAUGCCCCCACAACAACCCUACAUGCAGGGCCCAGGACAACAGCCCAUGUACCAACAGAUGGCUCCCCCUGGUGGCCCCCAGCAGCAGGUUCAGCAGCAGCAGCCUCCGCAGGUCCAUCCAGGCAGCGAGGCACAGCUCAUUUCCUUCGACUGAUCCCAUCCACCUGGCUAGCUCAGCUUAACAUUACCACCUGCUGCUGGCAGGGUUCAACACACUACACCCUCUCUCUCCUCUUCUGUCCUCACCUCUCUUCUCCUCUUCUGUCCUUACCUCUCUUCUCCUCUUCUGUCCUCACCUCUCUUCUCCUCUUCUGUCCUCACCUCUCUUCUCCUCUCCUCUCUUCUCCUCUUCUCUCCUCACCUCUCUUCUCCUCUUCUCUCCUCACCUCUCUUCUCCUCUUCUGUCCUCACCUCUCUUCUGUCCUCACCUCUCUUCUGUCCUCCUCUCUCUCUCUCUCUGCUGGGCUCGUGGCCUGGAUUCCCCAACAAACACACGUUUCUUACAAUGUUUCUGUUACGGCAAUGUUGUGAAAUAUUAUAGUUGUGUAACAGACAUGUUACCUCUCCUCCUAGCCAUCCUCUCUCCCCCAGCUGACAUGGAGGAUGAGAGGAGUGAGGAGGGGGUUAGGUAGUGUUACUAUGCACCAUGCGUACCCCAGGGUUGUAUUCACUAGGAACCUAGACGGGGAGGGACUACCUGAGCUUAUAAGAAACACUUCCCCUUUUAAUGCGUUUUGCUACAGUGUUCUGUCCUCACCUCUCUCUCUUUCUCUCUCUCUUUCUUUCUCUCUCUCUCUCUGUCCUCACCUCUCUCUGUCCUCACCUCUCUCUGUCCUCACCUCUCUCUGUCCUCACCUCUCUCUGUCUCUCUCCUCUCUCUGUCUCUCUCCUCUCUCUGUCUCUCUCCUCUCUCUCUCUCUCUCCUCUCUCUGUCUCUCUCCUCUCUCUGUCUCUCACCUCUCUCUGUCUCUCACCUCUCUCUGUCUCACCUCUCUCU